GAGGGGGCGGAGCUAAGAUGGGAAUUUCGUGAUUUCCUGGUUACAGUGAAGCGUUUGCAGAAUGAAUGUGGGCGUCGCUCACAGCGAGGUGAACCCCAACACGCGGGUGAUGAACAGCAGAGGGAUCUGGCUCACCUACCUGCUGCUGACUGUCGUCUUGCACAUCGUCUUGCUGAGCAUCCCGUUCCUCAGCGUGCCCAUCGUGUGGACCUUAACCAAUGUCAUUCACAAUCUGGCGAUGUACGUGUUCCUUCACACGGUAAAGGGGACUCCGUUUGAGACUCCAGACCAGGGAAAAGCCCGCUUGCUCACACACUGGGAACAGAUGGAUUACGGCAUCCAGUUCACAUCAUCAAGAAAAUUCCUCACCAUUUCACCCAUCGUGCUGUACCUUCUGGCCAGCUUUUACACCAAAUAUGAUGCCACCCACUUCCUGAUCAACACGAGCUCCCUUCUUAGUGUCCUCCUGCCCAAGUUGCCUCAGUUCCACGGAGUGCGUCUGUUCGGUAUCAAUAAAUACUGAAGCAGCUUUCAGAAAGAGGUGAAGGGAACAGGAGUGAAGAAAACGUCUGUCUCUUGGUUUAACGCCUUUUCUUAGUCCAAGCUGAUGGUCAGGAAGCUGAACUGAACUUACUCUGGAUGGAAAAGGACUUGGGGCAGUGCACUGGUGUUUGAGUUUUAUAUUAUAUUAUUUUCUCCCUUUUUUUUUUUUUUUCUGGAAAUGCAUUCCAGACUGUAAAUUCACUUCAAGUGCAGUGAGGUGACGUUUAUAUUUAUUUAUUCAUUCAUCUUGUAGAGACCUUCAUCCGAAUAGACUUGAGCGAGGCGGAAUCCAGCGAGAGAGCUGAUGAUGAAGGAGCCGACCGAGUUUCCAUCAAGCGUCUAUGCAUAAGUAGGAGCAAUAAAAAUAACCGCAAAUACACACACGGAUUAGGGAGACGCGUUUGCACACCAACCCUCAGUCACAAAUUGAGUGAGUUAAAUCAUUGACACUCGUGCAAGAUGGACUUCAGGUUCAGGAGCAGUGAUGCACAGUAAUACGUAACGAUAAGGAAUCUAGUUUAUCAGUCAGCUAACCGCAUGACCAAAAGACAUGUGCCGAGGGCAUCUGUACUGACAUUAACACUCUCGUAGGAGUGGAGUGUAGAGGGAUCCUGACCCGCAAGAUUCAGUAAACACGCGGGGGCAUUUUACUGUCAUUUGGGCGGUCAGAUAUGAAUCACACAGGUUAAAGAAAUGCCAAGUUCAUUAACAUGGGAAUAAUGUACUGCUUCAUGAGGCGCUUGCCCGAGCAGCGCUGUGCAAAGGUCAUCAGUUUAUGCUUUAUCCUGAUCAGUUUAACGUUCCACAUUUGUUUGUUUUGCCAAAUUAGGUUUGUUAUAGAUCACAGUUAUGGGUAAACUUUCUGUAGAGUGGGUGGAAGACUUUUCAGGGCAGGCAGAAUUUUUUUUUUUUUUUGGCAGAUGAUUGGAUAAAUUUUCUGUGGGGUGGGUGGGUUUGGUCAGAAUUAUUUUCGGAAUGAAUAGGAUUCUUCCAGGAGCGGGCCGGACUGAUCGGAAUCCUUUGGGGAGGGAGCGGUCAGAAUUCUUUCAGCAGUGAACAGGAUGGGUCCGAAUUAUUUCUGGAGUGCAGAGAACUGGCCAGCAUUCUUUCAAGAGAAGGGAGAGGUUUAAAAUUCUUUCAGGAGCGGUUGGAAGCAGUCAGGCGUCUCAAGAUUUAAAAAACAGUCCCACGUACACAGCUGCAAUCUCAUUUUAGACCCGUUCGGAGCGAUCAAGAUACCGUGCAGUCUCGCUUUGAGUGAUGAAAGGCCCACUGCAGGCGGUGUGUGCUGCUUUCUUUUUUUUUUUUAUUUUCCCCAUUGUGAAAACAUAAAACGUUGCGUUCCAGAACCUGAUUUCUCUCUCCUAAAAAAAAAAAAAAAAAUUAUUUAUUGCAGCGAUUCAUUAAACUCACCUUUAUUUCUAUAAUCAGCGGGUAUCUAUCUAAGCCCACUCUCACCUCCCCAAACCUUGUGGUCAUCUCCUGAUUCGUUUUGUCCUUGAAGUGCCUUGUCUCGUGGUUUUUCAUUUAGAGAUGCGUGUGAAUCGUCACACAUUGCAUUUUUUUCAGUCUCGGUUCUGUCAUAGCAUGAAAAAAAAAAAAACCAUGGCUUUUGUUCGCUGUGUGAGUAUUUAUGCAGGUUGUUGAGGUCUUUAAAAAGUGAGUCGCACAUUACAUGUCAAAGGACCAGUUUUGAGUCUCUGUUGUAAUUCUUCUGAAGCAUGCCAUUGGGGGGGAAACCAAAAAACGUGUACUCUCAUUUUUGGAUAAUUUUUUUUUUAGCUGAGAAUGAUCCUUGUUGACAUGUUUGUGUGCAUUUUCAUGUUUAAAAAUGAUAUUUCAUUUCUUGGUUAAUGGUAUAACAGGCUCAAGUGUGGGCAAUGAAUAAUGUACUGUACAUAUACUUUCGAUUAUAAAGCUUUAUAACUGCAUAA